CCUAAAUGCUUAAAAGGCUAAUGCUAAAUACAACACGAGAGAGAAGAAAAAGUCAACAAGGAAUCAAGCCUGAUUCCAUGACAUCCUUUUUGGUUAAACCUAGAGUCAGAUUGUCUUUUUUUUUUCUUUUCUUUUUUUUGGAAGACGAAAACGAAAUUCUCUUAAGAGUCAGAUAGUCUAUUCACUCAUAAUUUGUCUAUAUAACUUCAAAAUUCCAUCUUCUUCUAUACCCCUAUAGAGUGAGUGAGUUAGUUCCUUAAAUCCUGUCAUGGAAUACGAUUCCCAGUCCCCAAAGUUUGCUCUGCCCGUGGACUCUGAUCACAAGGCAACAGAGUUCAGAAUCUUCUCCAUAGACAAACCUCACAUGCGAGCUUUUCACUUAGCCUGGUUCUCAUACUUCUCAUGCUUCCUCACCACUUUUGCCGCAGCACCUCUACUCCCCAUAAUCCGGGACAACCUCAACCUCACCACCACCGGCAUCGGCAAAGCCGGAAUCGCUUCGGUCUCCGGCGCAGUCUUUGCCCGUAUAGCCAUGGGAACUCUUUCCGACUUAUUCGGACCGCGCCUCGCCUCUGCCUCACUCCUACUCCUCACCGCACCAGCUGUCUUCUUGUUCUCAAUGGCCUCGUCCCCAUUUUCUUUUCUCUUCUUGCGUUUUUGCGUCGGUAUCUCUUUGGCCAACUUUGUUCCAACUUUGUUCUGGAUGAGCUCUAUGUUUUCACCUCCGGUGGUCGGCACGGCAAAUGGAUUUGCCGGAGGUUGGGGGAACUUUGGUGGUGGAGCGACACAGCUGAUCAUGCCACUUGUGUUUGGCAUCAUUCAACAUAACGUUGGUGCUGCCAAGUUCACUGCUUGGCGAAUAGCGUUUCAAAUCCCUGCCGUGUUUCAGAUGCUCUCCGCAAUUGCAAUCUUGCUUUUCGGGCAGGACAUGCCGGACGGUAACUUCCACCGGUUGGAGAAGUCCGGUGACAAACCGAAAGACAAGUUCUCGAAUGUUUUCUGGCACGGGGUUAAAAAUUACAGAGGGUGGAUUCUGGCAUUGACAUAUGGCUAUUGCUUUGGUGUUGAGCUCACUGUGGAUAAUAUCAUAGCUGAGUACUUUUACGACAGAUUCAAUCUCAAGCUUCACACUGCAGGGAUGAUAGCGGCGACUUUCGGGUUGGCCAAUAUUGUUUCUAGACCGACAGGAGGGGUUUUAUCGGAUUUGAUGGCGAGGAGGUUUGGGAUGAGGGGGAGGCUGUGGACUUUGUGGGUGGUGCAAACUUUGGGGGGUGUGUUCUGUGUGAUUCUUGGAAGAGUUGGUUCUGUGAAGGCUUCUAUUGGUGUCAUGAUUUUGUUCUCCUUGUGUUGCCAAAGUGCUUGUGGGCUUACAUUUGGAGUGGUUCCUUUUGUUUCCAGAAGGUCACUAGGUGUCAUCUCUGGUAUGAUAGGGGGUGGUGGAAGCUUGGGUGCAGUUAUGACCCAACUUAUUUUCUUCAAAGGAUCCGAGUAUUCGAAAGAAACAGGGCUUACUCUAAUGGGGGUCAUGAUCAUAUGUUGCACUCUCCCAUUGACGCUAAUAUAUUUCCCGCAAUGGGGUGGAAUGUUGAGUGCUCCAUCAUCUAUAAACACCGGUACUGAAGAGGAGUACUACAUGUCCGAAUGGACUUCAGUGGAGAAGGAGAAAGGUUUUCAUCGCGCAAGUGUGAAAUUUGCUGAGAACAGCAGAAGCGAAAGGGGAAAAUCGGACUCUUUAACAAGGACCUCUGAUGAUAUUCGACCAACAGGCAACAGUACUUGUUUAUCUAGCUUGUACUACAUCAACUGUUAAGCUUGGAGCUUCAAACCAAAAGCUAGCUCCAAAUAAUGGGACUGAUGCUGGUAGCUUUAAAAUUGAUCGAUACUAUAUAAUGACUAUACUAGCCUCUUAAUACAUGCUUACGCAUGUGUCAAUGAUUUGUUUUUUCUCUGUAUACAUAGUACUUUUGUGGCUAGAGAAUUUUGUUUGAUACUAAAAAAAAAAAACAAAAAAAAAAAUGCUUUGUUUGAUUCUCUAAUAAUA